GGUUGAACGGGCGAUGCAUCAUGCCUGUGGAGAUGCACUUGUAUGUGAUUCUAUGGAGGUAGCAAGAUAUGUAUGUUAUGAUAAGGGCCAGGAAGUGAAAGCUGUCACCCUCGAAGGGACGAUAAUUCAUAAAAGUGGGUUGAUAACUGGUGGUCGGAGUACUCACGGCGGAGGGAAAAAGUGGGAUGAAAAGGAUGUCAAAGGGCUAUAUCGCGUACGCGAUGCUUUGACUGCACAAUUGCAAGAACUCAGUAGGUCGAAACCACGUGGAAAGGCCGAUGAAAACCUGAUCGCUGAAGUCACACGCUUGGAGUCUGUCAUUGCUGUGGUUAAAGACGAUCUGAGCGCGUGCAAACUUCGCCUGAAUGGAGCCAAAGAUGAACUCAAACAUCUGGAAAGGGAGUUGAGGAAGCUUGCCCCUGAACUCAGGAGGGCGCAAACAACACAUAAUUCUCUCAAAGAGAAAGUCGACAGCCUGGCGGCCGUAAUCAACGAAGCCGAAGAUGGCGUCUUCGCCUCUUUCUGCAACAAUAUCGGGGUAUCUAAUAUCCGAGAGUACGAAGAGCAACAGCUUAAAGUUGCUGAAGAAGAAAGCCUAGCUAGGGUUCGGUAUGAUCAACAGAUCAUGCGGUUGACCCAUCAGUCUCAAUUCGAGGAAGAGCAGUACAAGAACAUACGGGAACGUCUGUCUACUCUCCAAAAUAUGGUCCAAGCUGAACAAGCGAAAAUGACCGAGCUUGAAAAUAAGAAGCGCGACAUUGAACGAGAAAUCGCAGAAGCGCAGGAAACCCUUUCUGAGCUACGCGAUGAGUUAAAUGGCCUCAACGAGACUCUUGAACAAAAGAAUAAAAGCGUUGAACAUGUGAAACGUGCUCAUGCGAAAGCGUCGAAAGUUCUUGACCAAGCAUUGAAAGAAAUAGGGACGAAGAAUGACGAGAUCGAAAAGCUGGCUCUAGAACGCUCAUCGACGUACAGGAAAUGUCGUCUUGAAGAUAUCAAAGUUCCUCUUCGGGAUGGUAAUCUUAGAAACGUGCCUAUGGAAGAGAAUCUGCGAGAAGAAGUUGCAAUGGAUGUUGACGAAGACGAAGACGGCACUCAACGUCCUAGGCAGGUCCAGAACUAUGGUAUAGAGGUCGACUUCGACAUACUGGAUGACGACGAACGCUCAAAUAACUCUCCCGAAACCAUUGCCGAGUUCGACUCUUCGAUAGCCAAGCUCAAUGCAGACAUAGAACGGAUGGCGCCCAAUUUGAAAGCCAUGGAGCGGUUGGAUGAUGUCGAGGCGAAGUUAGUGCAAACAGAGAGGGAAGCCGACAAGGCUAGAAAAGAUUCAAAAACUGCUCGUGACCAAUUCAGCGAAGUUAAACGACGACGGUGUGAACUCUUUAACAAAGCUUACAAUCAUAUUUCAGACCGUAUCGAUCAAGUUUAUAAGGAUUUAACUAAAGGAAAGGCAUCUCCGAUGGGCGGCGUUGCUUAUCUCAGUUUAGAGGACAGUGAGGAACCAUAUAACGCCGGUAUCAAGUACCAUGCCAUGCCUCCUAUGAAACGGUUCCGAGAUAUGGAGCAGCUUUCUGGAGGAGAAAAAACAGUAGCUGCUCUAGCUCUUCUAUUUGCCAUACACAGCUACCAACCUGCCCCCUUUUUCGUCCUGGACGAGGUAGACGCUGCUUUGGACAACACUAACGUGGCCAAGGUAGCAAAUUAUAUCCGCACGCAAGCCUCCACUUCUUUCCAGUUCGUUGUUAUCAGUCUGAAGGGCUCCUUAUACGAGCGUGGUCACGCCUUAGUGGGUAUUUACCGCGACCAGGAUGUCAACAGCUCACGGACAUUAACCCUUGACCUCACACAAUAUGCUGGAUAAACGACUCUUGUCGUGAUGCUUUCGUGUUUGUCGCUGCUUGUCGCCCCUAUGUUUCUUUAGCACUAGUGUAAUCUUAUAUUGGUCUGUAUAAUCUUGCUGUAGCUACCCGAACCCUUACCUUUCAGUACAAUGUAUGUUAUGAUACCACGACCGUGACAUAUAUAGUCACGGUAGGUUGGCAUGAAGCAUUCAACCUGAACUCUAACGUUCUACUACAUAGCAGCAUAUUUACACCAACUGUCUAUGGCUCCUCCUACGCUGGUCUAACUUGCUAGGAAGAGCAAGUUAGUUGGAUUUUUCCAUUCGGAUACAUUGUUUCAACCUCAUCUGCAUCGACAUUUCGUACAUUUUGAAGCAUUGAUCUGCUCACGGGAUACUUUCUCAACUUGUGAAGGUGAGCUAUUUCCAGUUCAUGCAAGGCAUGUAGAUGGUCGGGAAGCCUGAGUGGAAUUGCGGCUCGGUAUAUCGGCCACCGACAGGACCGUCUCAGUCAGACUACCAGAAAUAUUAUAAUCACAUUCAUGGAUCACAGGGCAUCUGAUCGUAAGUAACAACACUUGUAGGACAACACAAAUGGAGAACAUGUAUUGGCAAAGAGCGGGUCAUGAUGCAUAGUAUAAAAGCCAGCAUUCUCAGGUUAUCAAUUGACCUGUUUCCUACCCCAGAUAAGU